AUGUCUCAGUGGAAUCAAGUUCAACAGCUGGAAAUCAAGUUUUUAGAGCAAGUAGAUCAAUUCUAUGAUGAUACUUUCCCCAUGGAAGUUCGACAUCUCCUGGCCCAGUGGAUCGAAGGCCAGGAUUGGGAAGCAGCUUCAAACAACGAGACCAUGGCAACAAUUCUCUUACAAAACCUACUGUUGCAAUUGGAUGAGCAGUUGGGGCGAGUUGCCCAGGAGAAGAACCUGCUCUUAAUACAUAAUUUAAAAAGAAUCAGGAAACAGCUUCAGGGGAAAUACCAUGGAAAUCCUAUGCAUAUAGCAGUAGUUAUUUCCAAUUGUUUAAGAGAAGAAAGAAGAAUAUUGGCUGCAGCCAGCAUGCCUGUACAGGGACCCCUGGAAAAGUCCUUGCAAAACUCUGUGGUUUCCGAAAGGCAAAGAAAUGUGGAACACAAAGUAGCUGCCAUUAAAAAUAGUGUACAGAUGACAGAACAAGAUGCCAAGUAUUUAGAAGAUUUGCAAGAUGAAUUUGACUACAGGUAUAAAACAAUACAAACUAUAGACCAAGGUGAUAAAAAUAGUGUUCUCGUGAAGCAGGAAGUUAUGACAUUGCAAGACAUGCUCAAUACAUUAGACUUCAAAAGAAAGGAAGUCCUCAGCAAAAUAACACAAAUAAUAAAUGAAAUUGACACCUUAAUGAACACCAUGCUGUUGGAAGAGUUGCUUGAUUGGAAGAGGCGUCAGCAAAUUGCCUGCAUUGGCGGUCCCUUGCAUAGUGGCCUUGAUCAGCUUCAAAACUGUUUCACCCUGCUGGCAGAAAGUCUUUUCCAAGUCAGGAGGCAGCUGGAAAAGCUAGAUGAACAAUCCACCAAGGUGUCAUAUGAAGGUGAUCCUAUUCCAUUACAAAGGUCUCAUUUGCAAGAACGAGUCAACUUCUUGAUUUACAACCUUUUCCGAAACUCAUUUGUGGUCGAACGACAGCCAUGCAUGCCAACUCACCCCCAGAGACCUCUGGUGCUUAAAACUCUCAUACAAUUCACUGUGAAACUAAGACUUUUGAUUAAAUUGCCUGAAUUGAACUAUCAGAUAAAAGUUAAAGCAACUAUUGACAAGAAUGUUUCAACUGUAAGCAACCGUAGAUUCAUCCUUUGUGGAACACAUGUCAAAGCCAUGAACAUGGAAGAAUCUUCUAAUGGUAGUCUCUCAGUGGAAUUUCGACACUUGCAACCAAAGGAAAUGAAGUCCAGCGCUGGAGGCAAAGGAAAUGAGGGUCCUCAUAUGGUAACUGAAGAGCUUCAUUCUAUAAGCUUUGAAACACAGAUCUGCCUGUAUGGCUUAACCAUAGAUUUGGAGACCAAUUCAUUACCUGUUGUGAUGAUUUCCAACGUUAGCCAAUUACCUAAUGCUUGGGCUUCUAUAAUUUGGUACAAUUUAUCCACCAAUGACUCUCAGAACUUGGUUUUCUUUAAUAAUCCUCCAACGGCUGCUUUAAGUCAGUUAUUAGAGGUGCUGAGCUGGCAGUUUUCAUCCUAUGUUGGACGAGGUCUCAACUCAGAGCAGCUCAACAUGCUGGCUGAGAAGCUCACAGUGUCACAAGCUAGCUACAGUGAUGGUCAGCUUUCUUGGUCCAAGUUCUGCAAGGAACACUUACCUGGCAAGGCAUUUACUUUUUGGGUAUGGCUUGAAGCAAUCCUGGACUUAAUAAAAAAGCACAUUCUUCCUCUUUGGAUUGAUGGGUAUAUAAUGGGCUUUGUAAGCAAGGAGAAGGAGCGAGUUUUGCUUAAGGAUAAGAUGCCAGGAACAUUUUUAUUAAGAUUCAGUGAAAGCAACCUUGGAGGAAUUACCUUUACCUGGGUGGACCAGUCAGAAAAUGGAGAAGUUAGAUUCCAUUCUGUAGAGCCCUACAAUAAAGGCCGUUUAGCGGCUCUGCCAUUUGCUGACAUUCUUCGAGACUACAAAGUUAUUAUGGCUGAAAAUGUCCCUGAAAACCCACUGAAGUAUUUAUAUCCUGACAUUCCCAAAGAUAAAGCAUUUGGUAAACACUACAGCUCUCAGCCAAAUGAAGUUUCAAGACCUACAGAAAGAGGAGACAAGGGUUAUGUUCCCUCUGUAUUUAUCCCCAUCUCAACAAUCCGAAGUGAUUCUACUGAGCCACGCUCUCCAUCUGACCUUCUUCCCAUGUCUCCAAGUGUAUAUGCAGUGCUGAGAGAACACCUGAGCCCCACGGUCAUCGAAACUGCCAUGAGCUCUCCAUAUUCUGCUGACUGAUGAGAUUCUUUUUGGUGCCUAAAAGAACAAAGAAGCUAAAAAAUAUGUGCCAUUUUCUAAAAUACAUCUACAUAUGUUUUUCAAUAGGAACUAAAAAGAAUUUCUAAUGUUCCAUAAAUAAAGAUUUCCUGGAAAUGUCUGAGGAAUAAAG